AAUGAACAUCGUCCUCUCCAGGGACAGCCAGGUGAGGAUCAUGGAGAGCACAGUGGCCAAUGCCGAGAAGCACUUCGGCCAGUUCUGCUCGCUGCUGGCCUCCUACACGCGCAAGACGGCCCGGCUGCGGGACACGGCUGACCAGCUGGUCAAGCAGCUCAUUGACUUCGCCAACACCGAGAGCCCCGCGCUGCGGGCCACCGUGAGGGGCCUGGCGGAGGACCUGGCCAAGCUGCAGGACUACCGGCAGGCCGAGGUGGAGCGGCUGGAGGCCAAGGUGGUCAGCCCGCUGCAGCAAUAUGGAGCCCGGAUAAAGCAGACCCGGGCAGAGAUAAAGAAAUGUAAACGUGUCCAAAACAAUGAGAUCAAACAGCUGCAGAAGCUGGAGAAACUGAGGCAGAGGUCACCCUCGGAUCGGCAAAUGAUUUGCCAG